AUGUGUCGGAUACGAAGUCGAAAAAGAAAAACCCUCAAAACGACAAAAACGUCCAUCGCGGAGAAGAAGAGACCCAAGGAGCACAUAACUACACCAUCAACUGCAGAUCGGAGCAAGGACGGCCGACGGGGCUGCGGCCACUCAACCGUUAACUGCAAAGUUCUCGGCGCAAGGUUGGCCGCAAAGCUGCUUGCAGGAGAACUCGCCGAAGUUUACAACAUAAAAGGCCUCGUCCGCGCUUCAGAUCGCCCCUCGAAAAAUGAUAAGGCUCCUCAAACGGAGAACUCUUACCAAGGGAACCAAUCGGGAGAAAAGUGCAGAAGAAGGCAGGACGAGAAGGGCAACAACAAUAGUCGCCACAAAGUGAACAUGAUCAUCAGAGGAUCGCAAUACUGCAGCGAUACCGUCUCAGCCAUCAAAGAUUAUCAGCACAAGGCCGAGACGAACGUGAAUUCGCUGACCUGGUCCGCACCCAGUGAAAUUCCAAAAGGAGCGAUAAAUUUCGAUGAAGAAGAGGCUGGCAGGAUCGACCAGCCCCGCUACAAUCCACUCAUGAUCGAUCUUGUGAUAAGAGAUCUACAGGUCGCCAGGGUUCUCAUUGAUACGCGCAGCACGGUCAACGUCAUUUUCCGUGAUACUCUCAAGAGGAUGAACGUUGAGUUAGGAGAAGUCGUACCAUCGCCCAAGUCACUAACUGGCUUCUCGGGCAUGACGUCAAUGACUCUCGGAUCAAUCAAACUACCCGUUGCAGCGAAAGAAGUCACCAAGAUCGUCGACCACCCGACCAUUUACAAUGUCAUUAUGGGCACGCCUUGGCUAAACGCCAUGAAGGCAGUCCCAUCGACUUAUCACUUACGCAUCAAAUUCUCGCUCAUAACAGAAUUGCCGCAAUCUGGGGUGCCAGAAACGGUCGAGACGUUGCUUCCGGGCUGA